AUUCACAGUCUCAUGUCUCCACCCUCUACUGCCUGAGGAUACUACUUCACUGUACCAGACACAGGAGUACACCUCGGACCUAACAAGAUUGACGUUUAAGUAUGUUGGCGGAAAUGGAGACGAUGGCCUAUGUGACUGAGAUAAGGCUGAGUGGAGUUCGGGGGGCCUGGAACGGAGUGGCUCCCUCCUCCUGCCCCGAGGUGGACCUGGAGGUCAUCGAGGAGUACCUGCAGGAGCAUUCACUGGAGGUCCAGCCCGCACACAUACCCGCAUCACCUCUGAGCACCAUGGGGCAACAAACGCACACACACUCCCACCAGGGCACCAGGAUCAUAGAGAACAGCUGGUCAGGCCAGCAUGCAUAUGAGUGGCACUGUGGCUCUCACACUCCAAACAAGGACUAUGAAGAGCAAGCCCCACCUCUAGCCUGGCCUAGUUCCCAUGGCAACCAAUGGGACCACGUUGCAUUUUCCUAUGAGACACCUGCAUACAUUGACUCAGACUCGCAGUCCAGUAGCUCCCAGUACCAGGAAUACCAAGAUUCACCAUCACCAUCAUCCGACAGGGGAGGCAGGGAGGACAGAGACAUCCUGCCUCUUGCCCCACUGUCAGGAAAGAGGAAGGAGCGGUUGUUCCAGUUCCUGUUUGAGAUGCUUCAGACGCCAUCAAUGCGAAGUUGCAUCUGGUGGGUCCAGUCCUCUGCUGGCACCUUUCAGUUCUCCUCUCAAAACAAGGAGCGCCUGGCGCAGCUGUGGGGCCGACGAAAGGGGAAUCGCAAGCCCAUGACCUACCAGAAGAUGGCGCGGGCACUGAGGAACUACUCCCGCACCGGCGAGAUUCAGAAGGUGAAAAGGAAGCUCACAUAUCGGUUUGACGAGAAGACGCUGAGAGGCCUACAAGGAGACUCUAAUACAGUGUAGGAAGCAUGAUGGCUUGUGUACAUAAGCACAGAAAUCGAAUAAGCAAUGGAUAUUCAGAGAAAAUUGCCAUGGAUGUCCCUUUAAUGUCCUUUCUACUGAUUCUAAUUCUGACAUGUGGAAACAAAUGAAUACUGAGUAUUUGAAAAGCCAGAAGAUGAAACACUGAGCUUUCUGUAGAUACAGAGCCAUACUGGAGUUUGCAUGUAUGAGGGGUGAACCGGAAAUGAUACUGACACGAGGAUGCAAACUCCAGGCAUAGGUGAUGUGUGAAUAGUCAGAUGGCUUUAAAAAGUAUGUAAAUCUAAAAGGUUGUGACAUAAUCUACUUUAUAAGUAGAACUUAAAUCAUUUUUAAAAUACAGUUGUGGUUUUCUUUUUUUUUCUGUUUAGAGGAUAUCUAGCAGAUUUAAGAUCAUCUUACAGAUUUACAGAUGAUGUAAACAUGAUGUUUG